AUGUCUCAAGUCCAACAAUACUGGCUUCCAGGAUACGGACUGUCGCGUCACAUUGUCUUAGGCCACAUACAAUACUUUCUAGGGCCAUCGGCCAGUGUCAGACCAUACUCGUACCAGGGACGUGACGGCUACCUCAUAGUCGGUGUACCUCUCACACGGGAACAAAUCGACGACCUUGCAACAAUGUCCCGAGAGUACGAACGUCAAGAAUCCCUCAGAAUGGCGGGGGACGCAGGCAUCAGCAGUUCCACCAGACAAACCGAACCCUAUAUCAAUGAAAUCGUACCAGUGGGGAUGUCCGGAAGUCGUCGGAGACCGAUGGAAUAUGAAACUCGACGAACUCGAUGA